AUGGGUCUGAGGGUAGGAUUCGUGGGCGCGGGCCAGAUGGCCGAGGCGCUCUGCCGCGGCUUCGACGCCGCAGGCGUCGCCAAGUGCGUCGACAUGACCAUCAUCGAUCGCAACCAGCCCAGGCGCGACCUGUUCGCGUCGUGGGGGUGCAAGAUCGGCGCGAGCAACGAGGAGGUGGUAAAGAACGUGGACGUGGUGUUCAUCAGCGUCAAGCCCUACGCGGUGGCCGACCUGCUUCGCGAGAUGGCGCCGUUCCUCGGCCCCAACGUCCUCGUCGUGUCCAUCGCCGCCGGCGUGACCCUCGCCACCAUGGAGGACGCCGCGGGCGCGGGCGUGCCGAUCAUGCGCGUGAUGCCCAACACCCCGUGCCUCGUGGGGUGCCUCGCGGGCGCCAUGUCCAAGGGCACGUCAUGCACCCCUGAACACGUCGACACCACCGCGCGACUCCUCGGCGCGGUGGGCAAGUGCCACGAGGUCCCCGAGUCCAAGAUGGACGCCGUCACCGGGGUCUCCGGCUCCGGCCCGGCGUACAUAUACCAGGUCAUCGAGGCCAUGGCCGACGGCGGCGUGCUCGCGGGUCUUCCCAGGGCGGUCGCGCAGGACCUCGCCGCGCGCACCGUCAUGGGCGCCGCGAAGAUGGUGCUCGAGACGGGCAAGCACCCGGGCGAGCUCAAGGAUGCGGUGACGUCGCCGGGGGGCACCACGAUCGCGGCGGUGCACCAUCUGGAGAAGUGUGGGGUGCGGGCGGCGUUCCAGGGGGCGGUCAAGGCGGCCGCGGACAGGGCGCACGAGCUGUCCAAGUCGUGA